AUGACGCAAGUUGCACCAUUAGACUAUCCUGUAAAACCAAAAAAAUCACUUCGAACAGUUGCUUUUAUUUCUGUAGCACUAGCAACUGUCUCUGUUUUAGGUUGUGUUAUUGUUCUUCCAUUAGCUUACAAUAAUAUUCAAUCUAUUCAUUCAUAUAUGCAAAAUGAAGUAGAUUUUUGUAAGACAAGAUCUAGAGAUAUGUGGAGAGAGAUGGUUCAAAUGCAAAUUUCUGGAGGUGUUCAAAUACCAAGAAAAGUUAAGCGUCAAUAUGAUUUUGGAAAUGAUGCUAAAUUACCAUCUGCACCACCAUUACCUGUAAAUAAUGAACCUAAUCAACCUGUUGGAGGAAGUUGUUGUACAUGUCAAGUAGGACCACCAGGACCUCCAGGACCACCAGGAAGAGAUGGAAGACCAGGAGCACCAGGUAGACCAGGAAAUCCAGGACCACCAGGUAGAGAUGGUGUUUUAUUACCAGGUCCACCACCAAAACCACCAUGUCAAAAAUGCCCACCUGGACCACCAGGGCCUCCUGGACCACCAGGACCAAAAGGAUUACCUGGUCCUCAAGGAGAUCCAGGAAUCCCAGGACGUGAUGGAAUUCCAGGACUUCAAGGACCACAAGGACCUCCUGGACCUCAAGGUCCACCUGGAGAAGCAGGUGAAAAAGGUCCUGUUGGAGAUCCGGGAAAAGUAAUUAAUGGUGCACCACCAGGACCACCUGGACCACCAGGACCUCCAGGACCUCAAGGGCCUCCUGGACCACCUGGUAGAGAUGGCCAAAUUGGAAGACCAGGACCACCAGGACCACCAGGAGAUGCAGGAGAACGCGGUGCUGAUGGAUUACCAGGGCCAAAUGGUCCACCUGGUGAAAGAGGUCCUCCAGGAUUGAAUGGAUCUUGUGAUCACUGUCCAACCCCUAGAUCUGGUCCAGGAUAUCAAAGAAAAAAAUAA